CCACCUUGACCGGCCCCCUUCUGUAAUCAUGCUUUUGUAAAACUUAUUUCAAGAUUUACAGGUAUCAGAAAUAUGGAAUCAGAACCAGAAAAUCCAGAUCAUCUCUUGCAAGCAUCGUUUCAACCUUAUAGAUCAGACAAAAAUUAUUCUUCAGAUAGUCUGCUGUCUUCUGAAUCUUGUUGCCAAAAUGGUGGACAAUCAUGUAAAAAAUUGCCCCCGUUUUAUAACUUGGUAUCAGACUGGACAAUACAAAUGGUAGAAAAAUACUUUCAUAUUUUUUACACCGACGAAGGAACAGAAUACAGUGGAGAAUUUGUACUUCAAAAAGGAGGAAUAAACACAGAAUUGUCUCCCUUUCACACAAAGUACCUAGCUGACUUAAAGAGUAUAUUAACGUUUAAUGGAUCUAUGUACACUUAUAAAUACCGUGCUAAAACAAAAGCAAAACCAAUGUUUAGGACCAUCUUAAACAAUAUUUCACCUCAAAAUACAGCAGAUUGGAAAGAUCGACCAAUUUACCAAUAUUUACACAGUAUAGCAGUAUUUGUCAAAUAUAUGAUAAAAUACGUAGACAGAUUACAAGAGACAGAAUGGUUUGAUCAUAAUGUACCUGAAGAAUAUUAUACAGAACUUGUGGGCAGAUUUGCUGAAAUGUGUUUAUUAUUGACAAACCAUCUACCAGACAAAUCUGUUUGGAAGAAUUUGAAAGGUAUAACAGUAACAUCUAAACCAGAUUUAAGACUCUUUAAAUGUGAUACUCAGGACAAGGUCAAGGAGACAUCUUUUUCUGUUACCCAGGUAAAAGAAGAUAAAUAUAGAGAUAAUAAAGGCGAAAAUUUGGCAGCUAAAAGGAUGAAAAUAAGUUGUAGUUCAGACUUAGACUUUGACUCAAAAAUUUCCAAAACAACUAAAAGACGGCCAAGUAAAGAGACAGCUAAUAAAGUUAAAGGGCAGCAUGCAGGCCAACUACUGCUAGAUCUGCAUUCAGUUCAUAGAAAAAGUUUUGUCAAUGGUUCAGAAUAUUAUAUGCCAGGAAUUAUAGUCCACAGAACAGGGGUAGCCGUCACUAUGCUUGUGAUAUCAAAAACACAUUUUGAGAAGAUUGAAAAGAAUGAACCUCUGGGUUUGGACGAUAGGGCAAAGAUUUAUGUUAGUUGUUUUUAUGAUUAUUUAAAUGAAGAAGAACGUAAUGAGCUGAUACAGGUUUUUCUGAUCAUGAAUAACAUUCAAGAGUAUCACACUGAACAUGAUGAAAAUUGAAUAUGAGUGGAUUUCUAAUUAAAAGGUAGCAGAUAAUAAAAUAAAAUGUGUUUUUUUUCCUCUAAAUUUCUGAAUGGAUAUAUCCUUUUAAUUGUAGGACCCGAUAUAAUUAUUGCCUCAAACAGUCAAAGAGUUUGGCUUAAAACUCAAUGUUAACAUUAUAAUGCCAUUACUCUAGCUAUUAUAAUUGUUGGCUGAGAUGUCCUUCAUUAAUAAUUAGGGAUAGACUCGUGUGAAACAAUCACCCAUCUGACCCAAUUGUAAUUUGUUUUAUCAUAUCAAACUGUUCCAACUGGUCAGAAAUUUUAACAAACUGCCAUAGAAGAACCACAGUCAAGUCAAAGUACAAAGAAAUAAAAUAAAACAUACUU